CCACACAACUCCCUGUCUCAGCCAUGGCUGAGUUAAUAAUCUCCUCUUCUUCAUCCUCUUCACUGGUGUCUUUCUCCCAAGACACUCCUGUGUCGCUGACUCUCCAGCAGAAGCUCCAAUUCGUGAUCCAGAGUCAGCCGGAUUGGUGGGCUUAUGCCAUUUUUUGGCAGACGUCAAACGAUGACCAUGGUCGGCUCUUCUUGGCUUGGGGAGACGGCCAUUUUCAGGGGACAAAAGAUACUUCUCCGAAGCUGAGCGCAUCUACUGCAAAUAUCCUGGGGAUAAGUUCGGAGAGAAGGAAGGUUAUGAAGGGGAUCCAAGCCCUUAUUGGGGACAACCACGACAUCGAUAUGUCGAUGAUGGACGGCAGCGACGUUACGGACGUUGAGUGGUUCUACGUCAUGUCAUUGACGAGGUCUUUCUCCGCUGGAGAUGGCAUUCCCGGAAAGGCUCUUAGUACUGGAUCUCUGUUGUGGCUGACCGGGGCGCAUGAAUUGCAAUUCUGCAACUGUGAAAGGGCUAGAGAAGCUCAAAUUCACGGCAUUGAGACCUUGGUUUGUAUCCCUACUUCUUCUGGGGUGAUUGAAUUGGGUUCGUCUGCAAUGAUUAGGGAAAAUUGGGGUUUGGUGCAGCAGGUUAAAUCCCUGUUUGGGUCAGAUCUUAUUGGCAUAGUACCCAAGCAAUCGAAUCCCACCCCCAAUAUUGUUCCGGCGCCGAUCCAAUUCCUUGACAGAAACAUUUCUUUCGCCGACAUCGGAAUAAUCGCUGGUGUACAAGAAGAAGAUGCAACCCCUGAUAACAAAACCAAAGAAAAUCACCACAAUCUGAAGAAAGGAUCCAUAAAAGCAGGACAAUCAUCUUAUGUGGACUCAGAGCAUUCAGAUUCCGACUGUCCACUAGCAGCUAUCAAUAAGUUAGAGAACAGAACUACUCCAAAGAAGCGGGGACGAAAACCCGGCAUCGGCCGCGAGACUCCACUGAACCAUGUUGAGGCGGAGAGGCAGAGGCGAGAAAAGCUCAACAACCGGUUCUACGCUCUCCGAGCCGUCGUCCCGAACGUGUCGCGCAUGGACAAAGCAUCUCUCUUAUCUGACGCCGUGUCAUACAUCAACGAGCUCAAAGUCAAAAUUGAAGAAUUGGAGUCCCAAUUGCAGGGGGAGUCCAAGAAAGCGAAGGUGGAGAUGACCGACGCCACCGACAACCAGAGCACAACUACCUCCGUGGAUCAGGCUCACCCUAAUGGUGGUGGGUCUGGCCUCGAACUCGAAAUCAAGCUUGUAGGAAAUGAUGCCAUGAUUAGGGUUCAAUCCGAUAACGUAAACUAUCCUGCUGCUAGAUUGAUGGGCGCCCUCCGCGAUCUCGAGUUUCAAGUCCACCAUGCAAGCAUGUCAUGUGUCAAAGAGUUGAUGCUCCAAGAUGUUGUGGUUAAAGUUCCGGAAGGUCUUAGAACCGAAGAUGGACUCAAAUCUGCUCUCCUUACAAGACUAGAGCAGUAAGAAUUAAUUACAUAUAAGUAAUCUUUUUAUUAAAAUGGAUGUGUAUUUUCUUUUGUGCUUUUGUUUGCUUAAGUUUUUCAGGGAACUGAGUUGCUUUGAUCAUUGUAAUUAAGGAGAUAAAGAUCAAGCAUCUCAGUUUCAUUUUCUACUAUAUAUGUUGGGUGAUUAAUCUUGAGCCUAAAUAAGAAGCGAAUGCGAAC